UUUUUUUAAGAAAACUCCGUAAUCCCACAGUGCUCUACUGCAGUUAGCUCGUUUCUUACUCUUUUUUCCUUGAAAAGAAGAUAAGCAAGCGUGGGAGGGGAUCAGACAGACACUGAAAGCAAUGGACUACACCCACCGGAAACAUAGUCCGCAAUGAAUUAAAAUGGAAGAAAACAGCUGUAUUGUAACACCUUUUUGAUCCAGAAAGUGGGGACACAGUUCAUCUCACGGAUUUGUCUUAUAUGCGCAUUCGGAUGACUUUUGUCUAUAUGUACAUUUUAGAAAUGUAAAGGUAUGUGGCACAUAAAAGCCUGUCAAUGACGAAAAACGGGGAACUCAAGUGAGUGGCGUUUCCCCCCCUCCCCACCACCCUUCUGCUGCUCCCGGGAAACCAGCAAACGCGGCCAAAGAGAACAAGAGGGGGCAGUGCGGACACAGUCGUAUUGUUUUAGGAUCAUUUUACAUUUUUGUCGGCGAGUAAAAGAAGUCGUGAACAGGAAAGGUCUUGUGGUUUAUUCGUCAGAGACAGCCGGCGUUCUCGGUUGGGACGCUUCCAUCGCUGAUAAUGGGCGGACAGUGCUGACAUUCCUUUCCGACAGGCCCCUUUUUUCUUUCUCCUUAAGUGUGAAUCUGCGCUUGUUUGGCAACGAAAACUACUUUACACCUUGGCUUUUUACCAUAUCUGUAUUUUUGCCUAGGACCCACUCGAACGCCCGGAAUGAUGCCGACAAUACCUGCAGCCUGACGUCUUGAGACAUUUUUUGACAUUUCCUCGUUUGCCAGAAGGAAGAGGAGGGGAGGAAACUCAGAAUCCACUCACCCUUCAUACAUGGGCAUCCGCGGUUUCCCCCCAGAUAUUGAGAAAUAAAAUAUUUUAAUGGGAUUGCAUUCGUUCAUCGUGCUCCACCGCCACCACCUUUAAUGAGAAGAUGCCGAUUUUCAAGAGGUUACUGCGGGUGUCCAACCGCUCCUUCCUGGCCUUCAUUUUCUUCUUCUCCUUAUCGACAUCCUGUCUCUAUUUCAUUUACGCCGCCCCUGGUAUAGCAAACACCUACCUCUUUAUGAUGCAAGCCCAAGGUAUAAUGUUACGAGACAAUGUAAGAACAAUAGGCCACAUGAUACGAUUUUACACCAUCAAAAACAACACCAUUAAUGGAACAGAUUAUCCAGAUGGCAAUAAUUCCAGUGAGUUAAUUGCUCAGCCUACUACAUAUCUCCCUGAGAAUUUUACCUAUUCUGUAAACCUUCCAUGUCCAGAAAAACUACCUUCUAUGAAGGGACUUAUAGAUGUGAAUAUGACUGAAAUUACACUAGAAGAAAUUUAUCGCAACCUUUCUAAGAAUAUGCAUAUUAAUCCUGCUGGACAUUGGAAGCCUGAUGACUGCCAACCACGGUGGAAGGUCGCCAUCCUCAUUCCCUUUCGGAACCGCCAUGAGCAUCUCCCAAUCCUUUUCAGACAUUUGAUUCCAAUGUUGCAAAAACAACGUUUGCAGUUUGCCUUCUAUGUCAUUGAGCAGGCUGGAACUCAACCUUUCAAUCGUGCCAUGCUUUUUAAUGUGGGUUUUAAAGAAGCAAUGAAAGACUUAGACUGGGACUGCCUGGUUUUUCAUGAUGUGGAUCAUAUCCCUGAAAAUGAUCGCAACUAUUAUGGAUGUGGUCAAAUGCCUCGCCACUUUGCUGCAAAACUUGACAAGUACAUGUAUAUCCUUCCGUACAAUGAAUUUUUUGGUGGUGUCAGUGGACUAACAGUAAACCAGUUUUUGAAGAUCAAUGGAUUUCCUAAUGCCUUUUGGGGCUGGGGUGGAGAAGAUGAUGAUUUAUGGAACAGAGUCAAGUUUGCAGGAUUCAAUGUGACGAGGCCUGAUGGGGACCUGGGAAAAUACAAAUCAAUUCCUCAUCAUCACAGAGGAGAAGUUCAGUUUUUGGGCAGGUACAAAUUAUUAAGGUACUCAAAAGAGCGGCAGCACCUUGAUGGUUUGAACAACCUGAACUACAUACCUGAAAUAAGAAUACAUAGUUUAUAUAAAAAUAUUACUGUGAACCUCACUCCAGAACUCGCGCCUAUUGCAGACUAUUGAUCCUUAUUAACAUGCAACCUUUUAAAGAAGCUAUUGGAAUCCAUCUCAGACUGCCAUUCAUGGUAGUUUAAAUACAAAAGCAUGGUGCCACUUUGCCAAGUUCCUCUUUUAUUAUUCAUAUUUUUAUUUAUUCUGAAAUGUAUAUAUUUAAUUUGUAUACACGUACUAUGUUGAACCCAUUUAAUUGAACAUUUGAUUGUGUGUAUAUAUCACACCAUGACACCCACCAGUGCUGACCUUCACAGUUCAAAUCACUUUUUAGUUUUAAAGAACAAGGAAGUAAGCAAACAAAAAAGUAAUAUGUUUACGGCAAUGCCUUAAGUAAAUAAAUCAGGCUUUAUAUCACUGUAUCUCUUGUCAAAAUAAGCCACACUUCUAAGUCUAAUUGUACUGUCUCUUAUAUUAAAUAUUGACUGUACAGCAUAAUGAUUUUACUCGUAAUGCUUGAGGUAUUUUUUUCUUUUUCUUUUUUUUCUUUUUUUUGAAAUGAAAAAACAUCUUGUAUAGGUUAUUUUAUAUAUAUAUAUAUAUAUAUAUAUAUAUAUAUAUAUAUAUAUCAAUCAUGUAAAUGGUCUCUCUGCUGUAUUUUUAUUGUUUUAUUAUCACGGUUAUUUUUAUGUAACCUAAACAUUAUUCAUUCUCUGAAUUUGUAUUGUAUUGUAAAUCUUGACUGCAUGAAAGCAUAUGUAAAUACAGGCCUUUUAAAAUUGUUUAGAAUAUUACAGUUUUAUCUUUUGAUUUGUUUUUUUGGCAGCUACAACUUUUCUUAAUAUUUAGAUUAAUAAUAUCAUUAUUAAAUGCUUGUGUUUAAAAUGGGGUAAUUAAAAAUAUUUAGGUAUUUUAUUUUUGGGAAUGGGUCUGGGUGCUGCAGGGGCAGUGGGGAAGAAGAGUAUUUCUUAGGGUGACUAUCCACAACAUUCGCUAAUUUAUUGAAUUGUAAAUUAAUUUGUUUCCCUCAGAUGUUUUUUAUUUUGCAUUUUUGUUGUAAAAUUCAACAUUUUUGUUGUAUGAUCAAAUUUGAAGUGCACUGUUUUAAAAAACUAUUUAGCGUUAUAUGCUUAUGAAGGCAUGGAAGGCAGACACAAAAUGUUCCUAAAAUUGAUGAAUUUGGGAUAUGUGUGCCGCAACGGCUCAAUGCCAGAAUCCUUCUAUAAGUCACGUUAGUGUAGUUUGAUUGCAGCGUUUAGUAUGACUUGAUAAUGAGCUACUAAUUUUAACAUGCUGCAUUAUUGGAAUUUAGCCGGAAUGAGAGGACAUACUGUUUUAGUCCUUGAAUGGCAUGUGGAGUAAAUCUGGGCCAUGAGAACUUUAAUAUAUUAAAGUUUUGAGCACUGCACAUAUGUGCAAAUAAAAGGCUUUUAUUUUUAUACUUGUUAUAUUCUUUAACUAUUUAUCUUUUUUCUUAAUUUGGGCAUACAUUUUCCUAUUGUUAAUGACUUUCCAAAUGUAAAUGUUACUUUUUCAUAGUCUGAUUUGGUGCUUUUUAUAAUUUGCAGAAUUGCCAAUUCUUGUUAGUUUCUACAACACCCAAUCAAGAAAUACAGACUUAAUUUGAAUCUAUGUAUUGUACAUGAUUUUUAGUUUGGUGUAAUAUUUUGUCUACACAUGAAUUUAGCCAAAGUUAAAUUUUAUUAAGAAUCUCUCCAAAUAAAUGUGUAGACAAAUGGCAGAGAGAGAGAGAGAGAUUUUGAAAUGGGCAUUGUAAUGCCAAUGUUUCUUCAGUACAAGUAUUUCUAAAGCUUAGUUCUGAUUUUAAGAUCUUGCCUUCUCAAACUGAAGCUAAAUGUUUGACUGUUGUAAUGUGGUCCAAAGAUACUUAGAUGUUUUUGGUAGCCUAUCAGUCUUGGAUACAAAUUGACAAUAAUUAUACUGAGGGAGCCUGUAACAUUAGGUCCAUUAUUUUCUGGGAUGCAGUUUAUUAUUUAUUAAAAGAAAAUUAUAAACAUCAGUGUUUUUUUCCUGGCAUCCACAAUUUAAUUUGUCAUACCUAGUUGUUAGCUAGUAUCUUCAUAUUCAGUCAUAAUUUUAAUCUUUACAAAUGAAGGCAAACAACCCUGAGAUCAGUGUAUUUAUUUUUGUUCAAUGGACAUUUUUAAAGCUGCAGUCAGUGGUCCAGGGUGUGUACAUUUAGUUUAGGAAACUUUUUUUUCUUCCAGACAGGCAAUUUGUAUUUAAUUGAGUAGUUCUGAUCCCAUCUGCCUUCUUUAAUUGUGGUGUUCAGCCUGCAUGCUAAAUUAACAAACUGUUGUUAAACUGAUAGGGUACACCCCUUCUAAACAGUGAGGCCAAUUGACCUACAUAGCCCAUUUAUAUUUAAAGGGUAAUCCAAAAAAUAUGCAAGUUUUAUUGUGGAAUAAAGACAAGAUAAGUGGGUUUUCUGCAUAAUUAUCAGUAUUUUGGCUUAAAACAGAAAAUUGAUUAUUGUGCAGUGAAUAUUUAAUUCAGAGAGCACUGUUGGGGGGUGUACAUGGUGCUGAAUGUAAACAAGUAGGGAAAUAAAGUGUAAGCAAAGAAUCUUUGGAAAUCAUAUCCUUACACCCAUGUUUAUCUUUGCAAAUAGAAUGCUACAAGUAGUUUAAAUUAUGUUCGCUCAGUUUCCUUUUUAUACUAGGCAAUACUUAAACGAAAAUAUAUAUUAAAAUGCACCUAGAUCUAAAAUGCCAAGCCACUGGCUUAGCUAAUAGUUAUUCUGUGGAGCAACUCCUUUUGAUUUUCUGAAUGAUCAUAUAUCUGUCAUUUAAACUGUUUUAAAAUAUUUUGUAAUGUAUACAGUUUUACAGUAUUCAUAUUUCUGUGCCUUGAUUUUUUUUUUUUUUUUUUGGUCCGCUAAAGAUGUAAUUGUUUUUAAGUUAAAUUGUGAGUGCACACUUCUUAGUAUUUCUUACCUUCCAGAGACUUUGCAUUUUAUUUUGAGCAAAAAAUAGUGUGUUCGUUACUGGGGACUGCAUUUGCAGCAAUAUUUUUAACAGCAAAAACAGAUUUAAUGGUAUACAAUGACCUUUUCAGUGCCCAUUUUUUCCCCGUCCGAAUUAUAAAUUCCAGCUGAUUUGAUGUUUUCCAGUAAAGUAUGCAUACAUUGUGAUAUUCUGUGUCCUUUACAUGUUUCAUUCUAGGAUGCAGAAAAACUCAAGAGUUAGUUACACUUACAAAUGUUAAUUUCAUACAAAGUAACAUUGUGAGCUCAAACUGUAGAUAUUAAUAUUGUUGAAAAUCACUUACGUUUGCUUUUAUCAUAAUUCAGCAUUGCAAAUGUCCCUCCCUCCCACAUAUUUAUUUAUUGUACACAAAUGUGUGUAGUGCCACAAGGUAGAAAAGUUGUAUUUAGGAAAUUGAUAGGAUUUUUUGCAAAGGUUGAGAAAACUCAUUCAUUUCUCACCAUGGUAGACUUGCAGGGUGCUCAUAAUGGUGUAUGAUUGUUGAACCUGCAAAUGUGUAGACACUUUAACAGGACUAAUAAAAUCACUGCAUUAUAAAAAAACAAAAAUGCUUUGUUCUUAAAUGUAAUCAUUUAGAUUGAUGACAAAAGUAUGCCAUUUAAUAUUAUUGUUAAUGAAUAAUGGUAAAAAGUCCAUGUUUUUAAGGGUGCACAUUGUAAAGAAGUACAGUAAAUAAUCUGAUACUUGAUAACUAAAUUAUUUGAGAAGAACCUUGUCUGCCAGGGUAUCAUUUAUCUGUGCUUCAUCCAUCAUUUAGAGAUACACAGACACUUAGUACACUAUGUUUUGAUAUUAGUCAGACAAAGACAGUUAACACUUUUCAAACUUAAAGUUUUGAAAGGCAUACUGCUAUGCUGGACCUUCUUAAAAUGUAUACUUACCUUAGUAGGGACAAUUUGCAGAAAUAAGUUGACUCAAAAUUAAUUGCACUGAAAAUAUUGAAGUAGCACAGCUGCAGAUGAACUUCCCAGUGGACUGUAGUCGUCUUAAAUUUUUCAUUUGAAAUAUUUGUAUAUUUUUUAUCAUUAAUGUCUUUUAUGAAAAUAAAUGCUAGUAAAACAAA